AUGGGCAUCCUUUUCCUUUUCCUGCUAGCAAGUGUAGCACAGUGCAAAGAAUUUUUAGAUGAUCCUCCCUCUAAUUAUACCACCGGGAACGGGAUUGCAGAUUGUGUAAGCCGCUUUUCGGCAACGUGGAGAGUUCCAGUCACCGAGGCGCUCGGAGGAUUGCGUGCUUUUCAGGGAGAGUUUCAACAUAUGACCGCCAUUGGAUGGACCAGAUCCGACGGGAGAAUUGAUUAUCUUUGUGGAGGUACUUUGAUAACUUUGAGAUUCAUCUUGACCGCGGCUCAUUGUGCUGUAGAUGGUAAGGACAUUCCACCAGACACCACUCGAUUGGGGGACACCGAUCUUGGCAGCACUGACGACGAUGCAUCUGCUCAGCAAGUGGCAAUUGCACAGUUCAUAAAACAUCCGCAGUAUCGGCAGUCGAAAAGGUACUACGAUAUAGCGCUAAUUAAGUUAGCAAACAACGUCGUGCAGGACGAUGCUGUGUGUGUCGCGUGUGUAUGGCGGGAACCAGAUUUGCCCAGUGCUUUCUUGGAAGCGGUGGGCUUCGGUGCGCUUGGAUUUGGGGAGAUGUUAAGUCCCACCUUGCAGAAGGUUCAACUUCGAGCACUGGACACGGCGACAUGUGCUGAACGUAUCCCAAUGAAUCGUCGUCAAAUGCCCGAAGGAUUGCGCGCAGAUCAGAUGUGUGCCCACAGUGAAACAAUGGACACUUGUGAAGGCGAUUCCGGGGGUCCACUUCAAACGGAGUUGCAUGAUGUGUUUGGCAAUGUAUAUCCGCUUGUGGUUGGUGUUGUGUCAUUCGGAACUCCUUGUACACAAGGAUCGACGGGAGUCUACACAAGGGUCAGCUCGUACUUGGAUUGGAUCGAGAAGGAAGUCGAUCAGUCGCUUAGUUAUGAAGGUUGUACGGGAAAUAAGUUAUGCGAUCGCAAGCAGAACCCCUCAAUAUCAGCCGAAGUGAUGCCGCAAUCGCCCAUCAUUCGCGUUGGGCUGCUUUGGGGGGAAAUAGAAACAGAUACCCAUCAGUGCGGUGGACUGCUGAUCGAUUACCAGUAUGUUCUUACAUCAGCAGAUUGUGUCACGUCUAGCAAGGGUCCUCCGAGAUUCGUAGCAUCGAGUCCGGUUAGUGAUCGCGCCUCAGUCGAGGAUGUGUUAGUACAUCCCCAAUACGACCGAGAUAAUGCAUUCAAUGACAUAGCCCUUGUUAAAAUAAGUCAAUAUGCAAACCUCGAAGAAACACAACCCUUAUGCCCAUGGAUAAAGGACACAACGAUCAAGGAAAAUAGUCUACCGCUUCAGGUUGCAGCAUCGGUUCCUCAGGGCCCGAAUCAAUAUAACAACAGCUCACGAAGCUCUAUACGCCAGAUAGUGCAAGGAGACCAAUGUACGGUUGGAAUGAACGCCAUUGGAAACGAUCUCAUUUGCAUAACCCGAAACAUCUCGCUGGUACCGAAAACAUGUCAGGUUGAUUACGGAGGCCCAGUAUUGAUAGAGGAAGCUAACAACGGAUAUCGCAUCCGUGGUGUGUUAUCUCGCAAAACACAAGGCUGUGAAAGCAAUGUUAUAUUUACCGACAUCACACCACACAUGCAGUGGUUGGAAUCGAUCAUGUUCAAAAAAUUAGAUAAAUGGCUCGUAUUUACGGAUUAG